ACACCGUGAUACGAAACAUUUAUUGAAAUAUAUUUUCUGGAAUGAAGUAGGCAAGCAACAUAGAAAAGGUGUAAUUACUUACAAGUGAUGACAGUUCAUUUAUCUUUAGACGCAUAUUUAUUCUUUGUGAUUAACCCAAAAAGUCUUUGGUGGAAGCAAAGAAACAAAUACCUGUAUUUGUAUAGACCAAAUGUCUGCUGGAGGAUAAAUCAUGCCGUUCACCUGAGAGUUUUUCAUACAAGUGAGCCUCGGUGCAGAUGGGCCAGAAGCAGAACUUUUUGGUAUAACAGAUACGUUUACAGCCAUGACUUUUUAUGCUACAGAGUUUCGAAACUUUUAACUUCUUCUUCCAAAGGACUUACAAAAGUGAACAAUCGCAUGUCACGAAUUAAGAACACUAUAGAAUCUGUUUCAAAGGCAGUGUCUGGCACUCACAGUGAACUGGUUUCACGGAUAGCUCGAUUAAAGUCACACUCAGGUACUCUGGGAAAAGCAAAUAAAAGUAAUGCAGAUGCAAAUAACAUUAAUGCAAAUCUGGAAAGUGAUAAACAAGUCACAGAUGCCAGAACUCGGGAGGAUUGCGACAGAGGCCCAGCUGCAAAGAAAUCCACUUGUGCAAAUGAAAACUCAGAGUUUGUGUUAGUAAGUUCAAGUGGCGCUUAUCAAGAUACUCCAGAAGAUUCAGCAUCUACUAAAAACCACCUUUUUCAUAUAAGCUACUUUUCUACAAAUUUUGGAGAGACUUACAACUUCGUAGCUGAUCAUAUCAACUGGUACUUUAAUACUAAUUCUGUUAUGGAUCAAGAGAAAAAAGGGGAUGCUUUGUUACAGGACUCUAAAAGUGAAGAGGUGAACAAGCUUGAUUCAUCAGAAAAUGCUGUAAUGAGUGAAGAAAAGACAGUGGAUUCAGCAGCUACUUUAGCUCCUGAAGCAGAGACUCUGGGUGCUGAAAAGACAAAUACUGCUCUUCCAGUGUCCACUAAAAAAAGUAUUGCAAACUUUCUUUCAUAUCCCAGUAACAGUGUACAAGCUUUUGUAGACAGUUACAUUGGUGGGUUGGUUCCCAAGUUAAGGUCUGAUACGAAAGUUGUUUCACAAGAAAAGAGUAAACAUCCAGAACAAGAAGUGUCUGAGAAAGAUGAGGAGGACAAAGCAAAAGAGGCUAAGACUGCAGAAGAGAGGGAAAAACAUCUGUCUCUUCAGAGAGAAAAGAUUAUUGCAAGAGUGAGUAUUGAUAACAGGACUCGAGCUUUAGUUCAAGCCCUACGAAGAUCCUCUAAUCGAAGAGUCUGUAUCAGCAGGGUUGAAGAACUGACCUAUCAUCUUCUAGAAUUUCCAGAGAGCAGACGAGUUGCAAUUAAGGAAAAAUUAAUCCCAUGCCUACUGCGACUGAGACAGGCAAAUGACGAAAGUCUUCAGGCUGCUGUUAGAGAGACUUUAGCUAUAAUUGGAUAUACAGACCCUGUGAAAGGCUGGGGAAUUCGAGUCCUCGCUAUUGAUGGAGGAGGAACAAGGGGUUUAGUUGCACUUCAGACUCUACGGAAACUAGAAGAACUAACUGGAAAGCCGGUUCAUCAACUUUUUGACUACAUUUGUGGUGUAAGCACAGGAGCUAUAUUAGCUUUUAUGUUGGGAUUGUUCCAUAUCCCUCUGGAUGAUUGCGAAGAACUGUAUCGCAAGUUAGGAUCAGAUGUUUUUAAGCAGAAUGUCAUUGUUGGAACAGUCAAAAUGGGUUGGAGCCACGCCUUUUAUGACAGUGAUAUCUGGGAAAAAAUGCUCAAGGUAUGGAUGGGCUCAAAUCUUAUGAUUGAAACUGCAAGAAAUUCCAAAUGUCCGAAGGUAGCUGCAGUAAGCACCAUUGUAAACAGAGGAACACCACUGAAAGCAUUUGUUUUUAGAAACUACAAUCACUUUCCUGGUGUUAAGUCUCAUUAUAUUGGAGGCUGUCAGUACAAACUGUGGCAGGCCAUUAGAGCAUCAUCUGCGGCACCGGGUUACUUUCAGGAAUAUGUUUUGGGCAACGAUCUUCAUCAGAACUGGGCAAGCAGGGUAUCUUCACCAGGGAGUUUUCAUUGGAGCAUAUGCCUACCAAAGGAUGGAGGUCUGCUGCUAAAUAAUCCUUCCGCACUAGCAGUUCAUGAGUGCAAGUGUCUUUGGCCAAAUGUUCCAUUGCAGUGUCUAAUAUCGCUGGGCACUGGUCGAUACGAAAGUGAGGGAAAGACCAAUGUCACAUACACCAGUUUGAAAGCCAAACUCACCAAUGUUAUCAGCAGUGCAACUGAUACAGAAGAAGUUCACACCAUGCUGGAUGCACUGUUACCUCCAGAUACUUAUUUCAGAUUUAACCCUCUUAUGAAUGAAGACAUACCACUGGAUGAAAGUCGUAAAGAGAAACUCAAUCAGCUGCAGACAGAUGGAAUUCGUUAUUUAGAACGAAAUGAAGAAAAACUGAGAAAAGCUGCAAAAAUAUUAACACAAGAUAAAACGACUUUGCAGAGACUUCAGGACUGGAUAAGAUUAAAGGCCGACAUGUAUGAAGGCCUUCCAUUUCUUUCCAAAUUGUGAAUAUGUAAUGCAUGAAAGAUCAUAAAUGUAAAUGUUGUUCCAGAAAAUCCAUUCAGUACUGUAAAGGAAGAAUGUUUAUUGGAGGUAAAAAACAUCUUUGGAAAGCUAUCAGAAUUCUGGAGAAAGCAAUACAGGAUGGCUGUUUUGUGCACACUUACUUGAUACAAGGUUUUAUGGUGUUAAUUAUUUUCUGAACUUUAUGGAUCUUACUGUUGCUCUACUUAAGUUUCUUAAAGUCGGUAAAACUGAAGAUUAUGAAAACAAUUGUGCUAUGCAUUUUUGGAUGUAUGUACCAUAAUUAUGGUGGCUGUAAAACUUUAUUUAUCAACUA